AUGGUUGUAUCUUGCCGUGUUAAAGGCUACAACUCCAAAGGUGGUGAAAAUAUUAAAUUUCAUAACAUUCCUAAAGGAGAUGUCGGUGAAGCAUGGAUUUCAUUUCUUACAAAAUACAAUCCAUUGUUCAAACCAACCAAAACAACCAAGGUAUGUGAGCUUCAUUUUGACCCUAGUUUAUAUGAAAUCACACCAACUAGUGUUUUUAAAACAAAAAAAUUGAAAGAAAAUGCUGUACCAAGUAUUUAUAAUACAGAUAAUGAAAUUGUUACAUUGACAUUAUCAGACUUAGAUAGUGAAUCAUCUGAUCCAUGUAUUCCAGAGACUAAAAUUUCAAAUCUUCAAGAAUUUGCUGAACCCGUCGAACGACAGUUGAAUUUUGUUGAAUCUUCUCCAGAUAAACAAAAUACAAAUUUGAAACGUAAAUGUUUUAUGGGCGAUUUUAAAGAACCUUCUGACAUUAAUAGUCCUAACAGCAGAUUAAAGUAUUGGAUUGCUUCACAAUCAACUGUAUCAAAUCAAAAAAAACGUAUUAAAUACUUGUAUAAACAAAAUUUGGAUUUGAAAAAACGGAUAAAGACCUUGGACGACUUAGUGGACCACCUGAAAAAUGACAAAAAAGUUAUAUCUGACAAUUGUUUCACUGUUCUGAAAGAAUCAUUAUCAUCUAGUCAACAUGAAAUGGUAAUGAAACAAUUGCAUCAAAUUUCAGCAACAACAGUGAGUCCAGAACUGCGCUCUUUUGCACUCACACUUCAUUUCUACUCCCCUACUUCUUACAACUAUGUCAGAAAAACAUUUAAUAAAUGUUUGCCACAUCCAUCCACAAUUCGAAAAUGGUAUUCUGUUAUCGAUGGAUCACCAGGAAUCACAGCAGAAUCAAUGAACGCCAUUAAAAUGAAAGUAAAAGAAAUGAAAAUGUACUAG